GCUGGCCGGUCGCUCUCGGCGGGUGACAGAUGGAGUUGGUUUGACUCGGAGUCAGGGGCUGAAAGCUUUUUGGUGAAAACAGGAAGAAAUUCACGUCUCUUUUUUAUUUUUAAUCUGCAAUGAGAGGUGAUCAGACAGAAAAUGGAGAAAACUCAACGAACUCGCAGAGUGAAAUCCUGAUCAACCAGCUGAAGGAGAUCACUGGUGUCCAGGACCCACAGAUUCUCUACAGAGCCUUGAAUGCCAGUCAGGGUGACAUUGGACAUGCUGUUGGACUGCUCACAACUCAGACUGCAGAGGUUCAGGAUCCUGGAGAACCACAGGAGUCAGGGACCUCUGCAGAGGCCUGGGAGGGCCAGAAAGAACUUCCUAAAGAUGAGCUGCAGACCGCCAUCGAGCUCAGCCUGCAGGAGUCCCACAAUGCCCAGGAAGAAGAGAGAGAAUUCAACAGGGCUCUGGAGGCCAGUGCAGAGGAGAAUGCAGCGAGAAUGAAGAGGAAGAGAUGUGAAGCCCAGAAUGAGAUGUGCAGCCCUGCAGACUGGAUCCGUCAGGACGACUGGCCCGUGGGCAUUCGCAAUGUUGGAAACACCUGCUGGUUCAGUGCUGUCAUCCAGUCACUGUUCCACCUGCCUGUGUUCAGGAGGCUGGUUCUCAACUACCAUCUGUCUGAGAGAAUACUGGAGAAGUGUAAGAGCCAUUCUGACAAGAGGAACAUAGCUUUCAUGCAGGAGCUGCGUUGUCUGUUUGCCCUCAUGAUGGGCUCCACUCGCAGGUUUGUGGAUCCGUCUGCUGCCGUGGAGUUACUGCGAGACGCCUUCCGGACCAGUGAGGCCCAACAGGAUGUCAGUGAGUUUUCCCACAAACUGCUGGACUGGCUAGAGGAUGCAUUUCAGCUGGCUGCCACUGAUAGCAGACAAGACAAGCAACAAAACCCCAUGGUCCAGCUUUUCUAUGGCACCUUUGUGACAGAAAGAAGACACGAGGGUAAGACGUUGUGUAAUAUUGAACAGUUUGGCCAGUACCCCCUGCAAGUCAACGGCUUCAACAACCUGGACGAAUGCCUAGAAGGCGCUAUGGUUGAGAAGGAGAUUGAGUCUGUGUUGUCAGAUCACAGCACCACAUCUGGUCGUGAGAGAUGGUUCAAAAAGCUACCACCCGUCUUGACAUUUGAACUAUCCAGAUUUGAAUUCAACACCCAGCUUGGUCGUCCUGAAAAGAUCCACAAGAAACUGGAGUUCUCACAAAUCAUUUAUAUGGACAGAUAUCUGCACAAAAACAUAAAACAGACCCAUGAGAGGAGAGUAGAAGUGAAGAAACUUAAAGAGCAACUUGCAGCCCUUCAACAGAAACUUGAGUGCUACAAAAACUAUGGCUCGGGACCUGCCAAGUAUCCUCUGGCUGACAUGCUGCAGUUUGUGCUGGAGUUCGCUACCACCAAGCCAUCGAGUGUUUCCCCAGCUGAAGAUCUGAGACCAGCUUCUCCAACUCCUGCAAACCACCCCCUCAGUGAACCCAUCUCCACAGACAACAGUGAAACUGGAGAUACAGAUUCAUCGGAGGGCCUGGCUUCCAGUGUUUCCAGUUGCCAGCGGACUCCUAUAUACAAGCCCUUCACCCAGUGCAGACACCCCAUUGACUGCCCACCACAUCCAGCCCCCCAUAGCAUCACUGAAGAGGAGCUGCACUUUGUGAAGACCUGCCUGCAGCGUUGGAGGGCCGAAGUAGAGAAUGACAUAAAUGAGCUAAAGGCCAGCAUCGACAGGCUCACUCAGAUGCUGGAGGGCAUGUACUCAGACAACAGUCUCUGCCAGGCACCCUACAGACUCCAUGCAGUGCUCGUCCAUGAAGGCCAGGCAUCAGCAGGCCAUUACUGGGCCUACAUCUACGACCAUGCCAAUCAGCGCUGGAUGAAGUACAACGAUGUAAGCAUCACUGAGUCAUCAUGGGAGGAGCUGGAGCGAGACUCAUUCGGGGGCAUGACCAACGCCAGUGCCUACUGCCUGAUGUACAUCGAUGACAGGCUACCCUAUCUCAUUACAGAAGACACAGAUGAUGAGACAGGCCAGGUGCUGCAUGGCAUGGACUCCCUGCCACCUGUCCUCAGACGCUAUGUCCAUGAAGAUAACCGCUGGUUCCAGCAGGAGCUCAGUGAAUGGGAGGAGCAGUUCUGCCAGACCGCAGCGCCACAGGGAGAGUCAACAGCGUCUGCAGAGCCCCCAAACCCCAGUCCUGAAAAUAUACAGCAAACACCUGUCGAGCCAGCACCCCAGUCAGGACCAGCUACUGAAGAGUCGGACCAGGGAGCUUCUUCAGAGCCACAACCAGAGCCAGAAGCAGAGAAGGAGCCAGAGCCAGAGCCUGAUUCCUUAGAGAAACCUGAAGAAGAAUCAGAGUUAACACCACCCCCACCACCAUCACAGGGCGCCGGCUGCCAGCCAGACGACACCAGCAGUGCGGCAGUCACUGACACCCUGGAGCCAAGCCAGAGCUCCACCUCCGCUGAGAAGGAGCUUCAGAGUCAGACUCCUGUUGGCCCUGAAGCAGAGCUCAGUAACCAGGCACCACCUGACCUCCAUGAGGAAAACGAUGACACGCAGGCAGCAGGCGGCAGCCCUCAAGCUGAAGGUGAGCCGGAGGCUUCCAGAGAAGCUCCUGAACAUGAAGCAAAGCAGGAGGAUGAGUUGCAGCAGCAGGAGGUCCCAGCUAGACAGCGACAGACUGAGAAUGAGGUCUCAGAAGUGGAGAUCCCAAAUGUUGGCAGGAUCAUGGUGAGAGCUGAUGCUGAUGGAUACAAUGAGGAGAUGAUGCUGACUCCAGCGAUGCAGGGAGUCAUCCUCGCCAUAGCCAAGGCCAGGCAAACUUUCGAUAAGGAAGGCCCUGAGGCUGGCCUCAUCAAGGCCUUCCACGAGGAGUAUUCCCGCUUGUAUGAGCUCUCCCAGGAGGAGACCACACCCCAGGAGGACGCUCGUCUGCAGCAUGCUCUGGUCUACUUCUUCCAGAACAAGGCACCCAAUCGCAUCAUUGAGAGAACGCUGCUGGAGCAAUUUACUGACCGCAACCUGAGCUUUGAUGAGAGGGCCAUCAGUAUCAUGAGGGAAGCCCGAGCCAAGCUGCGCCUCAUCAAACCAGAGGACAUGGAUAUGGAUGAGUACUUGCAGUGGCAUGAUGACUACAGGCUGUUCAGAACAGUGUUCGUCUACCUGUUGACUGGACUGGAGCACUACCAGCAUGGGAAGACGCGGGAGGCAUUGAUCUUCCUGGCUCAUGCGUACGAGACCAACGCCACCCUGCUGAAGAACGGAGAGAAACGUGGCGUGGACACAUCUCUUAUUGCCGUUUACAGGAGGAAAUGUCUCACUGCACUGAAUGAAAGCGCGUCACAGCUGUUUUGCAGUGGUGAGGAGACCAACGUGGAGGAGGGCAUCGCCAUCAUGGACGAGGCCGUCAUUCCCUGCCUUCACCUGAUGAGCCGGGACGAGGCUUUAUCCCAGGAAGACCGGGACGCCAUGGAGAGCAUCCGCAGCCACUGGUGCUGCUGCCUCGGCCAGGACAUGGAUGACUCAUUGCAGGUGAAGCUGGGUGAGUUUCUGCCCAGGGUUCUGGACGGUUCAGCUGAGACAGUAGUUCUUAAAGACCCACCCAAAGUCCAUGUCAACCAAGCCCAUGAUCUGUGCAGCCGCCUGGCCGCUGUCAUGGAGUCCAUCCACAGCACCUCGAUAGUCAUCGUGAAGUAAAGCCCUGAAUGAAACCCCCAACAACC